ACGUAACGCAGAUGGCACCAGCGAUCGAGGUGUCUUUUUAAGGUGUCUCCAAAUUUUAGACCAAAUCUGAAUAACCGGGAAAACUUCCUGCUGGCUGCGGCGUGAAAUAAUGAAAUAUUUGUAUUCGGUGUUUUCUCUGUAAAGUUUAUUCAAAUAAUUUGCUAGAAAAAAUUUGAUAGUAAUAUGCCGCAUUUUACAAGUCCUAGGGAUGCUAAAACGCACAACAUGAACGAUAUCACGUCAGACUUUGCAUGCCUGAAAGUAUCAGCUUUGUGCAAAGCGUCUCGAGUAUCUAAGGAUGUCAGGCGUGUCACCAUCGGCCCAGACUCAAUUUGGGUACCAGAUCAGGCUGCUCGAAAUGAAAACAUCGAGAAUGAACCUGACAAUAAAAUAGUCAAAGAAAUCAAGUCUGAUCCACAUUUAUCUAGUCCAAAACCUUCCACUAGGAAUGGAAUAACAUUUUCUAUCAAGAAAAUCCUCCUGGAGAAUGAGCUACAACGGAGGGAAGAAGUCAGGCUAGCAAUGCAGCGUCGCCUACAGAGUAUGGAGGAAUCUGAAAGAGCCCUCCAAAAGCAAAUGGCCUUACUUCGUGACUCGAUGAUAGCUGAGAGAGAACGUCAAGAGAGAUUAGAAGAGGAUGAACUUGUAAGACUCGAGGCUGAAGAAGAACACCUAGCUCAACAGACAGAGAAUCGAAGAAAACAUGAGCAGCGUUUACAUACUCAGAGAAUUUUAGAACGUAAAGAAAAAUUAGAACGAGAAGCUGAGGAACAGAGAAAAAAAAAUAAAGAGAGAAGAGCAUUGGUGGAGAAAAUGAUACCACUACAGGCAAGCUUUCGAGCAGCUUAUCAGGACAUCAGUUCAGUUUCGAAAUCUUGCAAAGACAGAAAUGUAGCUGGACCAGCAUUUGCUCCUUAUAGUGCUAAAUUAAAGGAGCUUAGCAAAUGCAUGGAGGGACUUGUUGAGCAUGCCAAGACUGGUGAUUUAACCGAAGAAAAUAUCGGUACUGCUGAAGUUCUUGUCAAACACAGCGAAGACAUCCUGAACGCCUUCAGACAUCAAAUAGAACAAAUAAACACUGCUUACGAUACAGAGAUAGCUCGUAGGGAAGAAGAAAUCAGACGCGUCGAGGCACAAAAACAAGUUGCCCAGGAAAGAGUUGUGGAGGCAACGGUUACAGAAGCAAAGGUUGCAGAGGAGAGACUUGCGGAGACUGCUCAAUCACAACCUCCCUCUUCUACUGGAGAGGAACCGCAAAAGCUACCACCUGAUGAUCUUCUUGAGUUUGUGGAUAAAGAAUCAUUGAAUUUGUAUCUUAAUAGUCAGCAGCUUCUGGAGAAUUAUAAAAACAUGAUACAAUCUUUAAUUCAGUCAGAUUCGACCAAAAAGUUUCGUUUCGAGUGUCAAAAAGCUAUUAAUAUACCAGUGAAUGCAAUAUCCGGCGUGAGUAGGGAACACUUGUUCGAUAAAUAUGACAAAUUGUCUCGUCUGCUUGGUGGGAAACCUCCGACUAAUGCGAAUCAGCAUCCACAAGGCAUAGCAUUCUGCAAAUAUACUUUAGCGAAAAAAUUUGUGAGCCAAGGUGAAACGCUGGUUUCUAGUAAGCCGGAAACGGCAUUUUCCGUGGCUGCGGUAGCCAUUGCUCUCUGGAAUGAUUACCCUGAUUUUGGUGAACUACUUUUGGCCUAUUUUCAAAAUGCUUGUCCAUACUUAGUGCCGAUAUUCCUUCCCCAGCAACAGAGCCAAUCAAACGAUGAUUAUUACAAAUCCUUGGGUUAUAAAUACUCAGAAGACGGCACUGUCGAACGGCAGGAUAAAUUCUUGAAAAGAAUGUCUGGCCUGAUGAGAUUGUACGCUGCUAUGACUAUUACUAGUCAGUCUGGCCAUGCUUCUAAACCUCACCCACAUGGCUUACAAAAUGCCUGGAGAUGGUUGGCUGCUAUCUUAAACAUCGAACCACGACCGGACGUGUGCGCAACGCUGAUACUUGAUAUGUUGGAGGUAGCUGGAAGUGCUCUGUGGAAAACUUACCCAAAUCAGUUCCCAAAGAUGUUGACUUUGCUCGCUGGUCAAUAUUUUCCUAGGAUGCAGACCAUCGGUGGUACAUGCGGUGGCCCCAUGGCACGGCUAGAACAGUUUCUGAAAAAUUCUUUGACUGCGGGUUCCAUCUCGCCCCCGGAGGGCAAAUUACCCCCGUCGUUUUUGAUCCCAUGAAAUACAGAUUAUUCAGUUAGUCGUACUAGUUAUCAGAACUCAUUUUAAAUUAACAUCACAACCAAGUCCACCUGCACGUUCAUUAACUUUUGCUCAACGUUAUUUUUCAACUUUGCUGAUUGGAAUCGUUCCAUCGCAUCCGUUCAACUUUUCCAAGUAAUUAAAAGUAUUCGAGAUUGUUUUUUAGACAACAUCAGCGGCAUAACCGCCGUGUGUUGAACACUUGACGAGAAAGUCAUACGACUUUUGCAUCGAUCAGAUAAUAUUUUUCUUACGGGAUGAUAUUUUCAAUCCCGGAAUAAUAUUUGUGAUUCAAAUUACGAGUAUAACGAUUGCGUUGAUCAGGCGAGAGAAAAUUCGUAAAACACAUUUGUCAUUCAUUUUUGAAAUAGGAAUUUUUUGUAAGUGCCGUUAACAGCCAACAAUUUUUAAUAAAUCGUUAAAUGUUUUCUGAA